UAAGAUUACUAACAACAAAAGCGUCGUGACUUCCUCGUACAAUUGAGGGUCUAUUUUUGGAGCUGUGUGGGGGGAAAUCUAAACGUGCAAUAAAACUCCUUGCCUGAGAACACAGGUUGUGAUUCUGUUGAGACCAGCCCUGUACGACAUUUCGAACACGUCAACGUGACCAUUGUAUGGAAGGACCACUUCAUGUUUACAGCUUGGCUGUUCCUGACCACUGCAAACCCAGGGAGCCAAAGUUAUCGACACAACUCAUAGAUCAAACGGUUUCGCAACUAGUAUACAUGGCGUUGCAUUCUGGCGUAACGCUCUCCGUCGACAAGCAAGGACCACCUGAAACGCCAAUACUUUUAAAAUCACAAUACAAAGAACAAGGUUCACAUCAGCUGCACACUCCGAACAUCCCCAACCUGUGUGACCUUAUCAGUGACAGUGCUCCUAGCAAACCAAAACCAAAACCAACCAGCAAAGUAUCAAGGUCAAGAUCUAUUCUGGAAUCACAACUCAUAGACGUAAAAGCUCUCAUCGAAGAACAAAUGAACAUUGACCAGUCGACACCGAAACAACGAAUCGCCGAGCUGGACGCUAUGGUACAGGAGAUCAUAUUGGGUGGCAUGCCUGGCAAAUCAGAGAGUAACCCAGCUGACCAGAACCAAUCAAAAACUCCAACAGAAGAUCAAAGAGGUCAACCUCGAUUGUGGAGUUUUAUGUUUAAACUGUUGGAGUACAGCGGUUCGAACCCGUCCCUAGCUACGUGGGUGAACCGGUCUGAGGGAGAGUUCCAGAUCGUCAAACCAAAAGAGGUCGCGUUUCUGUGGGGUCUAAUCAAGAACAAUGAAGGGAUGAAUUACGAGAAACUAAGCCGUGGCUUGAGGUACUAUUACCGAACUGGCGUCAUGGUUCGAGUCCCUGGUCGUCUGCUGUACAAAUAUGGCCCUAAAGCUAAGAUAUGGGAUUUGAUGAAGAAACCGCACUGUUCAGUUGUACACCACCACUACCACCACCAUCAGCACCACCCACUUGCCUCAGCUAAACCGACGUCUCUAGACAUUCCGCAGUAUAACCUAGUACGGAGCGAAAGCGUCAACUGCGUGGAAACAGGCCAGUUCAAAGACGUCAUUGACGUUUUAGAUUCUUUAGAGUCUUCAUCGUAUAACUCUUCACCAGAAGCAUUUGGUGGCCAGCAGCAAACAUCAGUGUCAUUCAGUGAGCCGAUGGAUUUACACUGAUGACUAAUUAAACGUAAGGACUGCUCCCCGUCGGUCAGGCACACCAGUCAUGGAACCGGUCGUUACCGUAACCCCUUGGCGUUUCUCAUCUUAUUUAAGCUUGGCUUGGGUGGGUGGCUUGCUCGAUUUGGAUUCGAAAUGAUUCCAGUGUCACAGUCGGCCCGUUCCAGUGGUUGUAGGUGGCCAAAGGAAAUGACAGAUUACGUCACUUCCUGUCAUUCUUUGGCGUGAAAUAGUAUGCAAUAGCUAUCCACAAUCAUAUAGUCUAUGCUGAUAGAGUAAUGCAAUAGGGCCUACAAGCUCUUAAUUUUUUUUAAACAUCCUAUUGUAACGACUGUAUGACAUUUGUUACUGUAGCUUUUUAAAUAUUAUUUUAAAAUUAAAUCGUAUAUAACACUAUAGUACACCCCAGUUAUUCAGCUUUCAGUGGAGAUUUUCAUGACUUUUAAAACAUUGGCGUCAUCAAGGAUAAUUAUUAAAUUGUUAAAAACCGAGUGUUUUAAAGUACUCGGUCUUUAAAGACUUUAUGAUUGUGGGUGGCUUAUCGGAUCUGUUAGCGAUCCACCCUCUUCGUUUUGCACCUGUUGCAAUUCUCGCCUGUUAAGGCCCAAACUCUCGUCCAGUAAGGACGAUAACUUGUUUAUCGUAAUAUUAUGCAUGAAAUGAGACUGCACAAAGUUUUAAUAUUGUAGUGACUAAAAUACUUAUAUAAGUAAUAAUUAUUCAGACAAAGCUGAUGUAUUUUUUACAACUGCAUUGUACAUACAGAGAUACCACUACCGCGAACAGGUUUUUUUAAAUAUAUUUUUUAAAUGUUGUCUUUUUGUGUAUUACCGUGAACUAUCAAAAUUUCAGAUUCUAUUUACCUUUAAUUUACUGUCUCAAGCAAUUCUUUGUGCAGUUUCUAUGCUAAUCGUUAUAUUGCGUUCUGUAAAUCAAGUUGGUUUAUUUUUUCUGUAUCCUCUAUGAGGAAACUAUGUUUUAUACUUUUAAUAAAUACAUGUAUAUAGCUUAA